AUGUCUGAAGGCAUUUCAGAAAAUACCUCAGUUUCUGAACUGAAAAUAUCAGAUACAUAUAUAAACCAUGAUGAUUUUGUAUUAAAAGUUCAAGAAUACGCGAACUUUUAUAAUUUUCAAAUACGAAAGGAAAAGGUGAAACGCGAUAAAAAUAAUAAUAUUAGAAACCGAACUAUUUUAUGUUCGCGAUCAGGUGUUCCUGAACAGAAAGAAGAAAAAAUCAAUUCAAGAAAUCAUCAGUCUCAAAGGUGUAACUGUCCUUUCCUUAUUAGAGCAUCGAUCAAUACACAAACAGGUCUUUGGCAUACUUUGGCUGUAAAAUUAGAUCAUAAUCAUGCAAUGGUUAUUUCUGAACACAAAAAAUUUCUUUAUAUUGAAAGAGAAAUCCCACAAGAUAUUAGGAUUAGAGACAUGGAUUUACGACAAUAUUUACAAUUAUGUAUACCGCGUUGCUUUGAAGCAAAUGAAUUUAUAAAUACUUUAAAACAAUUUAAAAGAGAAAUUUAUGGAUUUGAAUAUGAGGUGAAAAUUGAUGAAAGUACUAAUGAAUUAACUCAAGUGAUCUGA